AUGCCUUACAAAAGAAAAAAAACCGUGCAAGGUCAUGGCAUGAAAAAAGGAUUAAAGACCAAGCGCAAGAACAAGGAUCUUGAUGAGAUUGAAAGUGAUCGGCAAGAAGAAAAUGCUCAGAAAUUGUUAAAUCAAGACAUUGAUUUAGAUCAAGCCGGAUUUGGACAGUUUUAUUGUGUUGAAUGCGCGAGGCAUUUUAUCGACGAGGAAGCCCGUGACAAGCACCGUAGAUCCAAAGUCCACAAACGCCGCCUAAAAGCCCUCGAAGUAGAUCCCUACACUAUCGAGGAAUCCGAGCGAGCUGCAGGCCACGGUAACUGGAUAUCCCCCAAAAAGCGCAAAAUCGAAACUUUAACCCGGGAAAACGUUAGUUUACCCGAUAACAAAAGAAUGAAAAUCCAAUAA